CUCUGAGUCGCGACUGUCAUAUGAUGGUUUCUCUUCUGUUUGCAUUCUUCAUGGCAUUCUGCCGGCUUGAGUGAUCUCAUGGAAUGCACAUGGGGAUUUUCCUCAAGAAAACAUUUCUGCACUCGACUGCUGUCUUACCCAGACUACAGUCUCUACAUGGGUCCAGUUGAAUGAGUUUUGUGGAGCAAUUCACUAGUUUAUGUUAUUUUAUUUUUUUAAGUGUACACCAAGGGAUUUGGGAUGUGAUGUGAGGUGUCUUUGCCGAUUCAAUGUUGUGCUGACGGUGAAGGAAAAUGCAGAUACCAAUAUUCAUUUGGAUUCUGCACUUCAUGAAUCUUCCAAAAGGCUUAGACAACGCAAAGAUCCUGCGACACAGACGUAGUUCUUCAGUGAGCAGACUCUGUCCAGCAGGUUGUGCAUCAUGCUCGGCCCUGAAUGGAUGUCUGUCCUGUAAACCUCGCCUCUUCUUCCACCUGGAGCUGGAUGGGAUAAGGCAGAGGGGCACCUGCCUGUCCUCCUGUCCCCAGGGUCACUACGGCAUGCGCUCGCCACAGGUCAACACCUGUACCAGGUGCAAAGAGGACUGCGCUUUCUGCUUCAGUGACAAUUUCUGCACUCGUUGUCAUCAGGGCCACUUUCUGUUGCGAGGAAAAUGUGACAAUAGCUGUCCAAAUGGGCUGACGGCAAACACAGCACUACGUGAAUGCACAGAGUGCCCUGUGGGCUGUGAGGUGUGUGUGAGGAGGAACGUGUGUGUGAAGUGCAGAGCAGAUUUCUACUUCCUCCAUGGGCAGUGCCACCCUACUUGCCCAAGUGGAUCUGAGCCUGACGUACAGCUCAUGCAGUGCAUCCCCCAAGUGCACUGCGAGGUUGGGGAAUGGACAGAAUGGGGUCCAUGUAUUCGGAAAAGGAGAAUGCAGGCCUACAGGAGGGGAGAGGAGACACGUACCCGACAAGUUCUGCAGCCCCCUAGUGUCUUCGGUGACCCCUGCCCACAUGUGGCAGAGUUCAGGAGGUGUGUCAUCAAAAUGAGACAGAGUCCAAGUAGGUUGUAAUGAGUUGACAUUUGCUGAACUUUCAGAGACAUUUAACUCUAACAUUGGCUAGUAAUGAAAACGUACAAAUUUAUUGUAAAUUAUAAAAAUGUAAAAGUAAAAAUUGCAAUUCAACAUAAGGACAUAUGAACAGCAAUCAAUGAUAUGACUGGUGGCCAGCCAUGGUAAACUUUUUGUUUUACAUACUGAUUGCCUUAUGUGAUUGUUCUUGUUUACAAUAAAAUUUAUUAAGAAUAAAUGUAUUGUCCUUAGCGCCUCAUGAAAAAACUGGACAAAAUAAACAACCAUUACCCAAGUACAGGCCAAUAGGUGUUUUCCAUGAAGGGCAUUUUGGAAUUUCAGAGAAAGAAUUAGUUAUAACUGAAUUCCAUUUAGCUUAUUGGGUUUCAGGGU